AUGACCAAAAGACUACAUGGAGAUCAUAACGUGAAUGGCGUUGGCGGUUCCAAGAGGUCGCAUAUUGAUGAUACAGGUAACAUUGACUCAGAGUUGCUACGAGCUGUUGAGGUUGAUGAUGUUGUAAAUAAGGCAAAUGUUAGAAAUUCUACUAUUGGUGAUGAGGCAGUAGCGGCAGCGGCAGCAGCGGCAGCAGCGGCGGCUCGGUUUACAAACCUUAACGAUGACGAUGAAGACGAAGAUGUUUCUGGACACUCAAUGGGAGGAGCUGGUGUACGUGGCCACCAAGAAGAAGAAGAAGAUGAUGAUGAUGAAGAUGACGAUGAGGAGCUUGAUGACUUAAAAAAGGACCCUAACGUCGACUUAGAUGGGGAAGAUGAUGACGACGACGAGAACAAGAACCCCAAUGAGAAGCCCACCACUAGGAGGGGUAGGAAGCCUGCACCAAGUACAGGUACGCCAGAAUGGAAACAACAAAGAAAGGACUCUCACAAGGAAGUUGAGCGCAGACGCCGCGAAAACAUUAAUACAGCAAUUAACAAAGUUGCAGAGCUACUUCCUGUGAAGGAAUCGAGCAAGGCAGCGAUUCUGUCGCGUGCUGCGGAAUACAUCCAGAAGUUAAAGGAGACAGAAAACACCAAUAUAGAAAAGUGGACUUUGCAAAAACUAUUAAGUGAGCAGCAGGUGUCGCAAUUGACGUCGACAAAUGAAAAACUAGAGGAAGAAUUGAGUAACGCCUUCAAAGAGAUUGAGAUGUUGAAGAAUAAAUUGAAAAGUGCUGGUAUUGAGCCCUGA